CAGCAAGCAUGCAAUUCAAGGUACUCAUCUUCGUUCUAGCAAUCAUUCUCGGAUUGGCCGCCAUAACCGAAGCCAAGCCCCCACGAGGACAUGGCCCCGCCCGCGGAGGUAAACAUGGACCUAGCCAUGGACCUGCCCGUGGCGGUCCAGGACGACAUGGUCGAGGAGGUCCCAGCCGAGGACCAGGAAAGGCCCACGGACGUCGAGGAUAAGAUUAUUUUCACAAUUCACUGCCAUGAUUAAGUAUCUAUUUAUAAAACUCAGGAAUACUUU